AAUGUGGUAGGCGUGGGACGACAAUUAAUAGUUGAAAAUCGUUGUUGUCAACUGGUUGAUUUCGUCAGACUAGUCUCAAGUUUGCUUUUUAUGCGCCCAGCAAAUUUACACAGAAAAUAACCAAACCCUGACUAGAUCCCGAUCUACUGAAAACAAUAUUCCGUUGGUUGAAAUUGCAACAAUAAAAAAAAAUGAAAAAUACUGCUUACGCCUGCAAUCUUGAAAAUGAAAUUAUUCAGCUUCACGGCGAGAUCGACGCAUGUACUGUCCGUCAUUAUGCAGCGCAACAUAACGGAAAUCAACCAGCUAAAAUUGAGCAAACCAUGUUUCUCUCAACAACAAACGAAGACAUUGAACCAGUCACGUUUGCCCACCCCAUGCCGAUCAAAAAGCGGAGGAUUGUAAAAACAGUCGAAGAAACGAGUUACUGGAAAGCCAAUGAAAGCAUCUGUUACACACUCAGUCACGCGGACAUGAUAAAAAUUGAACAAAACAGCAUUUUCGUUAAGGAAAUUGUGGAACCGAAAACAAAAACGAAGAACCUUCGAAAAAAGAAAUGCUCAAAACGAAAAAAUCAUGAGGUGGCAAAUGCAUGGAAUUGGGAGGAUCUGUCCUUCCAACCCGAGAUUGAACCGAAAUAUGACUACAACGAUAAGCCAAAUGACUAUGUGCAAUUUUUGAAUAAUCCGAUAUGUGAUCCAAUGUUUUGCCAGUUCGACAUCAGCAAGGACAAAUCGAUGUACAGCGUAGCAGCUCACUGUGAAUACGACGAAUAUGAAGUAAUAGUGGACGAAGGUUCGCGAAGUGACGAUGCCAAAUUUGCAGAUGCUUGACACAUUUAUUUAAAAUCGAAGGACGUAUCAUAAUUUACAUUGAAAUUAUCAAAGAAAUAUACUUACGGUGACUGUAUACGUGUUAUAUAACAACAAAACACAAUCUUGAAAUGUUACUGAAUAAUCGUGUGAUAAAAUGCCAAAUACAUUUGCCAAACAUUUCA